GCUUCUCUGUCUGUUGACAAGAUAGGGUUCAUUUAUCGGGCCAUGGGGGUAUACCUUUCACAUCAAGGCAUUCAUGCGCAGCCUGAAAACACAGACUGCGCGAACAUGAACAAGAGCGACGAGACAUACUACCGAUUAAACACAGUCGGACAUUCCCGACACGGAAAUCACUUCAAUAUACCUCAUAGUGCCUACCUCCCUCACAAUACACAAGUGGGAAUACGUGUUUCGAGACAGCCUCGCUUUCGUCGGUGUCUUGCCGUACCGUGUAACGCCAUUGCGAAAUGCUGCAGCCGGCUUCUGACCGAGCGGACGUCUAGUUUCUAUGCUUGGAUUUCCCCUCCAACACGGCGUCUCACCCGCCGUAUAGGGACUAGUGUCUACCAAUAAGGCGUAUUCCAUUCUCUGCCGCGACUACGGUGCCGGCGUGCAUCAGUCUCGUGGCUAUGGGCGUUCGGCGGGGAGUCUAUGCCGUUUGACGGUGGACCCUUAUUCUCCUCAGCAGAGACGCC